ACCUUUCCUUAAUAUAUACCUCAACUUCCACUUUUCCUUAAACACACUCCCAUAAAUACAAUACAUCAGACCCAACUCGGUCACACUAUCGCCAUACCCCAUCUCUGAUCAUCUCAGCUCAGUUCAGCUCCCUGCAACCAAACAGUGACCAUGAAUAAGCCCUUCACUGCUUGCUUUCCUCUCCUUCUGCUUCUUCUUCUUUCUGCUCAGUCGGUUACUGCGGCGGAAUGCACAUGCGAGUCGAAACCUGAAGGUCGUGAUGGAAGCAAAGCCCUGAGCUACAAGCUCACUGCUAUCUGCUCCAUCCUCAUCGCGGGUGCUAUGGGUGUCUCUCUUCCUAUCCUGGGCAAGAAGAUCCCUGCUCUCCACCCUGAAAACACCGCCUUCUUUCUCAUAAAGUCCUUCGCAGCCGGAGUGAUCCUAGCCACGGGUUUCAUUCACAUACUGCCGGACGCUUUCGGGAGCUUGGCGAGCCCCUGCCUGGGAGUGGCUCCGUGGAAGGACUUCCCAUUUGCUGGGUUCGUCUCGAUGGUCUCGGCAAUCGGGACGAUGAUGAUCGAUGCCUUCGUGACGGGCUACUACAAGAGGUCUCACUUCAUGAAAAAAGUGAGCGGAGACGAGGAGAUGCAGGGAGGGCACCAGGGUCAUGUGCACGUCCACACUCAUGCCUCCCAUGGCCAUGCCCAUGGCUCUGCUCCAGUCACCGAGCGAUCUAGCUCAUCUGACCUCAUCCGCCACCGUAUCGUGACUCAGGUCUUGGAGAUGGGGAUAGUAGUCCAUUCGGUGAUAAUUGGAGUCUCACUGGGAGCUUCAGAGAGUCCAGACACUAUCAAGCCGAUCAUAGUCGCUCUGACUUUUCACCAGCUGUUCGAAGGCAUCGGGCUCGGCGGAUGCAUCUCUCAGGCCAAGUUCGAGAGCCGGGCUGUAGCAGCAAUGGUGCUGUAUUUUGCACUGACGACCCCAGCAGGGAUCGCGGUGGGGAUAGGCAUCUCGAAAGUGUACAGGGAGGACAGCCGGGAGGCCCUCAUCGUCGGGGGAGUGCUGAACUCAGCAUCGGCUGGGAUACUGAUAUACAUGGCGCUGGUGGACCUCAUAGCAGCGGAUUACAUGAGCCCCCGGAUGCUCAGCGAUCCGAGGCUCCAGCUUGGGGCAAGCCUCUCGCUCUUGCUGGGCAGUGCCUGCAUGUCCUUCUUGGCAAAAUGGGCCUGACUCAGCCCAUCCCUCUCCAGCGCACGAUCUUCCCUCUUAUUGGGCCAGUCGCUAGGCCCAUAUUCUCCUUCGCAACCGGCCCUUUUUGACAUAUUAGAUUAGAUACGACCGAAAGUGCAGCUUUCCCUCCUUUUUCACGUAUUAUUAACGAACGAAUUAUUAAGAAGUCCACCAAGUGUGGGAUUUGAUCCCUUUGCAGUCAGAGGACAACCGAAAGAUACGAGUAUGCAAAUCUCAUCUCAUCUCAUCUCAUCUCAAUUGUAAUGAAAAAGCCCCUUUCAUGUUUAGGGUGCAUGAGCAUGAGUUCAAAUUUGGAAUUGUUCCCUCCCUCCCAAUGGAAAAAUAGAAGCUUUCAGAUAAUAUGACGUGUCUAUUUUUA